AUGCCGGCCAUGCGGGGACUCCUGGCUCCGCAGAACACCUUCCUGGACACCAUCGCCACGCGCUUCGACGGCACGCACAGUAACUUCGUGCUGGGCAAUGCCCAGGUGGCGGGGCUCUUCCCCGUGGUCUACUGCUCUGAUGGCUUCUGCGACCUCACGGGUUUCUCCCGGGCCGAGGUCAUGCAGCGGGGCUGCGCCUGCUCCUUCCUCUAUGGGCCAGACACCAGUGAGCUUGUCCGCCAACAGAUCCGCAAGGCGCUGGAUGAGCACAAGGAGUUCAAGGCUGAGCUGAUCCUGUACCGGAAGAGCGGGCUCCCAUUCUGGUGUCUCCUCGAUGUGAUACCCAUAAAGAAUGAGAAAGGGGAGGUGGCCCUCUUCCUGGUCUCUCACAAGGAUAUCAGUGACACCAAGAACCGAGGGGGCCCUGACAAUUGGAAGGAGACAGGUGGUGGCCGGCGCCGAUAUGGCCGGGCAGGAGCCAAAGGCUUCAAUGCCAACCGGCGGCGGAGCCGGGCUGUGCUCUACCACCUGUCUGGGCACCUGCAGAAGCAGCCCAAGGGCAAGCACAAGCUCAAUAAGGGGGUGUUUGGGGAGAAGCCAAACUUGCCUGAGUACAAAGUAGCAGCCAUCCGAAAGUCACCCUUCAUCCUGCUGCACUGUGGGGCACUGAGGGCCACUUGGGACGGCUUCAUCCUGCUUGCUACCCUCUACGUGGCUGUCACCGUGCCCUACAGCGUGUGUGUGAGCACAGCCCGGGAGCCCAGCGCCGCCCGCAGUGCCCCCAGCGUCUGUGAUCUGGCUGUGGAGGUCCUCUUCAUUCUUGACAUCGUGCUGAAUUUCCGCACCACGUUUGUGUCCAAGUCAGGCCAGGUGGUAUUUGCCCCAAAGUCCAUUUGCCUCCACUAUGUCACCACUUGGUUCCUGCUGGAUGUCAUCGCGGCGCUGCCCUUUGACCUGCUACAUGCCUUCAAGGUCAACGUGUACUUUGGGGCCCACCUGCUGAAGACGGUGCGGCUGCUGCGGCUGCUGCGGCUGCUCCCGCGGCUGGACCGCUACUCGCAGUACAGUGCUGUGGUACUCACCCUGCUCAUGGCUGUGUUCGCCCUGCUCGCCCACUGGGUGGCCUGCGUCUGGUUCUACAUCGGCCAGCUGGAGAUCGAGAGCAGUGCCUCGGAGCUGCCGGAGAUCGGCUGGCUGCAGGAGCUGGCCCGCCGACUCGAGACCCCCUACUACCUGGUGGGCCGCAGCCCUGUGGCAGGGAACAGCUCCGGCCAGAACGACAACUGUAGCAGCGUCAGCGGGGAGGCCAACAGGACGGGGCUGGAGCUCCUGGGCGGCCCCUCGCUACGCAGCGCCUACAUCACCUCCCUCUACUUCGCGCUCAGCAGCCUCACCAGCGUGGGCUUCGGCAACGUGUCCGCCAACACGGACACCGAGAAGAUCUUCUCCAUCUGCACCAUGCUCAUUGGCGCCCUGAUGCACGCGGUGGUGUUUGGGAACGUGACGGCCAUCAUCCAGCGCAUGUACGCCCGCCGCUUUCUGUACCACAGCCGCACCCGUGACCUCCGAGACUACAUCCGCAUCCACCGCAUCCCCAAGCCCCUCAAGCAGCGCAUGCUCGAGUACUUCCAGGCGACGUGGGCUGUGAACAACGGUAUCGACACCACUGAGCUGCUGCAGAGCCUCCCAGACGAGCUUCGAGCAGACAUCGCCAUGCACUUGCACAAGGAGGUUCUGCAGCUGCCUCUGUUUGAGGCCGCGAGCCGUGGCUGCCUGCGGGCACUGUCCCUGGCCCUGCGUCCCGCCUUCUGCACGCCUGGCGAGUACCUCAUCCACCAAGGGGACGCUCUCCAGGCCCUCUACUUUGUCUGCUCCGGCUCCAUGGAGGUGCUCAAGGGCGGCACCGUACUUGCCAUCCUAGGGAAGGGUGAUCUGAUUGGCUGUGAGCUGCCCCGGCGGGAACAGGUGGUCAAGGCCAAUGCUGAUGUAAAGGGGCUGACCUACUGCGUCCUGCAGUGUCUCCAGCUGACUGGGCUGCACGAGAGCCUCGCACUGUACCCCGAGUUUGCCCCACGCUUCAGCCGGGGCCUCCGAGGGGAGCUCAGCUACAACCUGGGUGCCGGCGGAGGCCCCGCAGAGGCAGACACCAGCUCCUUGAGUGGUGACAACACCCUUAUGUCCACACUGGAGGAGAAGGAGACGGAUGGGGAGCAGGGCCCCGCGGCCUCACCGGCCCCAGCGGACGAGCCUUCCAGCCCCCUGCUGUCCCCCGGCUGCACAUCCUCCUCUUCCGCUGCUAAGUUGCUAUCCCCACGGCGAACCGCGCCCCGGCCCAGGCUAAGGAGCAGAGGACGGCCGGGCAGGGCAGGGGCUUCACAAGCUGAGGCCGGCCCCUCUGUUCACCCUCGAAGCCUAGAGGGUUUGCAGUUGCCCUCUGUACCGUGGAAUGUACCCCCGGAUCUGAGCCCCAGGGUAGUAGAUGGCAUUGAGGAUGGCUGUGGCUCCGACCAGCCCAAGUUCUCUUUCCGUGUGGGGCAGCCUGGCCCGGAAUGCAGCAGCAGCCCCUCCCCUGGACCAGAAAACGGCCUGCUCACUGUCCCCCUCGGGCCCAGUGAGGCAAGGAACACAGACACACUGGACAAGCUGCGGCAGGCGGUGACAGAGCUGUCUGAGCAGGUGCUGCAGAUGCGGGAGGGUCUGCAGUCACUUCGCCAGGCUGUGCAGCAAGUCCUGGCGCCCCACGGGGAGGGUCCUUGCCUUCGGGCAUCGGGAGAGGGGCCGUGCCUAGCGGGCACCUCUGGGCUCCUGCAGCCUCUGUGUGUGGACACUGGGACAUCCUCGUACUGCCUGCAGCCCCCAGCUGCCUCUGUCUUGAGUGGGACCUGGCCCCACCCUCGUCCAGGGCCCCCUCCCCUCGUAGCACCCUGGCCCUGGGGCCCCCCGGCCUCUCAGAGCUCCCCUUGGCCUCGAGCCACAGCUUUCUGGACCCCCACCUCUGACUCAGAGCCCCCGGCCUCAGCAGAGCUCUGCCCCGAGCCCAGUACCCCUGGCUCACCGGCCCCCGAGGAAGGGGCUAGGACUGGGCCCCCGGAACCCACUAACCAGGCCGAGGCUGCGAGUACUGGAGAGCCCCCGCCAGGGUCAGGGGGCCUGGCCUUGCCCUGGGAACCCCAUAGCCUGGAGAUGGUGCUUAUCGGCUGCCACGGCUCUGGCACAGUCCAGUGGACCCAGGAAGAAGGCACGGGGGUCUGA